AUGCUGUGUUUACUGCUGACUGCCGUCAUAGUGCUGUGGAUCAAAUACCCCAACCUGAAGACAGGAAAAGAGACCUGUAACAACAACCUUACUAUAGCGAGAGACCAGUUUCAGAGGGAGAGAGACCAGUUACAGAGGGAGAGAGAUGAACUCCAGAGGUUUUCAAAACUGGGAUGGAAUUAUUUCAGCUCCAGUGUUUAUAUCAUCAUCACUGAGAAAAAGAGCUGGACUGAGAGCAGAGAGAACUGCAGAGGGACAGGAGCAGACCUGGUGAUCAUAACCAGCAAAGAGGAACAGGAAUUCGUCAAUAAACUGCGGGGUGGAGGACAAGCUUGGAUUGGUCUGAGUAACAGAGAGAACAAGUGGAAGUGGGUGGACGAUACAACACUGAUCACUGGGUUCUGGGAAGAUAAAGAACCAAACAGUGCUGCAGGACAUGAAGGUUGUGUUGUAACUGGUAUAAAAUCUGAUCCUGUGAAGAACUGGGCUGAAUAUCCCUGUAAUAAAGAGUAUAAUUGGAUCUGUAAGAAGAAAAUCUUUAACUGA